AUGUCAAUGAGAGAUGUCAAAGUUUGUCUUCUUGGGGAAUCUGGUGUUGGUAAAUCGAGUAUUGUGAUGCGAUUUGUAACUGAGAAAUUCAAGAAAGCAUUGGAAAGCACAAUAGGGGCUUCAUUUAUGACCAAGACCAUUUAUGUUGAUGAAAGUACGUAUAAAUUUCAAAUCUGGGACACCGCUGGCCAGGAAAAGUACCGUGCCCUUGCUCCGAUGUACUAUCGUGGGUCAGCAGCUGCAAUCAUAGUGUAUGAUGUAACACGAGAGACAUCCUUUCAUGCUGUGAAAAGCUGGGUUCAAGAGCUUCAGAGACAUGGGCCGUCCAAAAUUGUUUUAGCCAUAGCAGGAAAUAAAUGUGAUCUAGAAGACCUGAGAGAAGUCAGAGAAAAGGAUGCUCAGGAAUACGCACGGGAAAUUGGUGCUGUGUUCUGCGAAACUAGUGCAAUGACCGCAGUUAACGUCGCAGAGCUGUUUGAUGCCAUUGCUCGACUGCUACCACCCGAGGAUAUGGGAGCAGGCUUAUCCCAUCAUAGUGGCAGUACCAUCCAACUCAAGAGCACAACAAACAAGAAGAAAUUUCGAUGCUGCAGCGGAGGAAACUCAGAUAAUAGAACAGUCUCUCAAGAAGCAAACCGUCGCAGUGGGUCUCAUUCACGUGGGGAGCGCUAUAAUUCAGUGGCAUUUCCUUCCUGA